GAUGGUAAGAAGAGAGAGAAUGAAAAGCCUGGAUUGGAGAUAGAAAGAUAGAGAGAGAAGAAAGAGAAACACAGCCUCUUCUCCCUUGGCUCAGUUAACAGCCUCAACAUUCUGCAAAAUUAAUUGCAAAAAAGGGAAUCCACAAGUGUUUUCCAAUAAAUAGUGAUAUUUUAGGCCUAACUUCUUUCUAAAUUUUAGUCUUUUUAAGCUCGGAAUAUCUACGAAUCUCAUCCUUUUACUCUCGUGUGGUUAUGGAUGCAUUCGACAUGGUUUCCUUUACCACAGGCCUGCGCAAAGGAUUUGGGUGAUCCACAUUCAGUACUGCGGCUUUGGUUGUUCCAUUAAGACAUUUCGUAUCUUAUAUCUAUUAGUGUAUACCUUUUUUCUGCCUCUCUGAAACACUCGUGUGAAACUAAUACGAUGUACUUGUCGGGAAAGGGAGCUUCUUCUGGUGACAAAAACCUUGGUGCUUCAAAAUUAACUUUGAACCCCAACGCCACAGAAUUUGUUCCUUUUGCUCUGAGAUCACCUGUAGCUGGCUCUAACAAUGCAGACGGAUCCUCCAAAUUUGUUACAUCUGCAGCUUCUGGCCCAGGGAAAGGAAUAUUAGACAGAACAGAGUCAUCAGUCUCGAACAAUUCUGAUGACGAAGCCCAGAAAUACUGGCGCAAUCAGCUCCCAGAUGAUAUUACUCCCGACUUUAAGGUCAUGGGUAUUGAUGAUAAUCAAGGGGUCAAUAACCUAUCAUUUUCAGGCCUAUCUUUGACUGAUGGUAACGAAGGUCCAAGAUAUUCUUCUUCAAUAGGUAGUGGUUUUGUGUUGAAGGAACAACAAGGAUUAUCUCCUCGCCCUGUUAAUGGAAAUAGUCAUGCUGAACAACUGAGAUAUCCAGUUUCAUCUUAUGGAGAAUAUCUGUCGCCAACAAGUUAUCAUUCAUCUCUCUCUAAGCCUUGGGACCAACAGAUUGUCGGCAACGAUCAGCUUCUUGCUAGAGGAGGGACUGAUGGGAAUCCAAGACAUGGUCUUCUAUCUGACAUGUCAAGUGAGCAAUUAAUGCUAGAUAAUUCAGAUGUGGGCCCUCUGGAGUUCCUGGCUUCACAAUUCCCUGGUUUCGCAGCUGAAAGUCUUGCAGAGGUUUAUUUUGCAAACGGAGGCGAUUUAAACCUAACAAUUGAGAUGCUAACUCAGCUAGAGCUUCAGGUUGAUGGUGGCUUAAAUCAGACUCUUACUUCGAAAACUGUAUCUGCUCCGAAUCUUAAUUCAAUGGAUUUUCCUGCACUCUCUGUGAGAGAUGGUCAAAACGAUUUAGGUAUUCCCCAAAAUGGCAGCCCCUAUCGCUCUCCAGAAAAGCAAGGCUCAUUACUGUUCAGAUCCAAUUCCUUUGUUCCAUCAAGAGGCGCUACGGAUUUUGCUUCGGCUGUCAGGAAAAUGGCACCUCAAGAUUCUAGCAUGUGGAAGUACGAGAGAAAUGGGUCUUCAGAUGCAAGCAUUGGAUCGAGUCGAAGCUCUCACGUACUGGCAAAUUCAUACAACAGUGGCCAGGGGAGGGGCAUCUAUGGUGAUAGGUUUCAAAGCCGGGGAUCAGCUCGCUCAUCUCCUGUCUGGCUUGAAACUGGAGAUGCAGUCGCAAACAUGUACUCUGAAAUGCGGGAGGAAGCUCGUGAUCAUGCACGUGUGCGCAAUGUAUACUUUGAGCAGGCACGACAAGCGUUCCUCGUUGGUAACAAGGCCUUAGCCAAGGAAUUGAGCAUUAAGGGACAGCUGCACAAUAUGCAGAUGAAAGCAUCUCACGGGAAAGCACAAGAAUCUAUUUUUCGCCAGAGGAAUGCGGACAUUCCGACAAACGGGAGGGAACAGAUGAUCGAUCUGCACGGUCUACAUGUGAAUGAAGCUAUCCAUGUCCUCAAGCGUGAGCUGGCGGUGAUGAGGAACGCAGCUAGGUCGAUGGAUCAAAGACUGCUGGUCUACAUAUGCGUAGGAACUGGUCACCACACUAGGGGAGCGCGCACGCCUGCUAGACUCCCGACUGCUGUUCAGCGCUACUUGCUGGAGGAGGAGGGUCUCGACUUUUCAGAGCCGCAACCUGGGCUCCUCCGAGUUGUUAUAUACUGAACCAGGAAGGUAUAGGAGAUUUUUCACACUGUAUUACUCAGAAAAUCAAAAUCAAUCAACCCAUCUGGGGAGAAAGGUUGAAAAAAGGAAAAAAAGGAAAGAAAAAGAAAUGGAAAUCUGUGUAUCUGUAAAUGGGGAAAAAGUCGUAGGAUACUUCCGCAGAAGAUGAAAAAGAAGAAAAAUAAAAAGAGAUCGAUGAAGAAAGCAGAUGUCUGUAUGAUUACUGUGUAGUUGGCUGAACUGUAGAAGAUGUUUUUGUAGUUUUCAGUUUGCAUCGGCCUCUUUUUUGUUGUUUAUGUUACAAUUUUUUUGGAGUUUAAAUAUGAGAUGUAACUGAUAGAAUUCUUUCUCAAAUUUCUCCAGCCAUUUGGAGCUCCUCUUCACAAA